AUGUGGGUUAUUAUGAGGAAAGAAAUAUGUGUAUGUUUGGUUAAAAGUAGUAGCAGUUUGUGGAGUAGAUGUGUGUCGGGGGGAGGGCAGCACCGCAGGGCGGACUCGAACGUGAGCGUUAAGUCCGGGCUCGGGCUAAACAGGACCGGCGGUGGCGGCGGAAGCGGUGGAGGAGCAAAGAGCUCGAAGGACAAGUUCUCGUCGAGGCAGCUGUCCUUGCGAAGCUUCCAGCAAACCGUAAAGAACCACGCCAACACGAUCAACAAGGCCUCCAACGUCAAGGUGGAGCCCAAGACCUUCUUCGCCAACGAGCGGACCUUCAUCCAGUGGAUCUCUGCCGCGGUGUUCGUGUAUGGCGUGAGCACGGCGCUGUUCGCCUUCGACGCAUCCGAGCCAGACGCGAACUGGAUCGCUAUUACUUCGGCGGCCAUCCUCUCCGCUGUUUCCCUCAUGAUCCUCAUCUACGGGGCGGUAGUCUUCUAUCUGCGAUUGGACCGCCUCAAGUCGAGGAAGGACAGCAGGGUUUUCGCGGACAAGUGGGGGCCCGGCAUGCUCGCUCUCGGGCUGUUCGCGGCAAUCGUUACGGUGCUCGUGAUGCAGGUCUUGGACUACAUCGAUGCCACCGACACGCCCUCCGUGUCCGUGGCCGGGGUGUCUGACGCCGUGGCCCACGCGCAGGACUACUCCUACGACGGCGUGGUGUACACACCUACGGGGAUAUCGAGGAACGCUGCCCUCGUCAAGCUGGCGUCGGAGCUGAACUCGUUCUCCCCCAGCAAGGCGUACGAGUUCUCCAACCUCAGCAACGGUAGGCCCACCAAGAGGCUGAGGAAGAGGGAGGAGUACAUCGUAGCCUCGGGAUCGACUUCGGACCUCACCAGCCUUCCCCACGGGGAGGCGGUGCUCGUCACGGCGCAGGAGGAGGUGUUCAUGUUCCCGGGAGCCAACACUGGGACGUUCGACGUGGCAAUGGAGUUCUACAACACCGCCUCGGUGGACUUCGUGGGCCCUUACGCUACCUCCGCUUUCACCGGCGACGAGGAAACCACCAUUCGGGGCGCAAUGUGCGUGGCGUAUACAGCCCUGCUGAACGGGCAGAAGGUGGUGCUUAAAACCCCGCUGCCGGACACUAGCCACGCGGCGGUGGCCGCCAACGAUUUAGAGGUGGAAAUGCUCCUGCUGAAGGAGCUACACCACGACAACAUCGUCAGCCUGCUGGGAGCGGGUUUCCUACCAGAUGGCCGGCGUUUCGUUGCCCUGGAGUACUUGAGCGGAGGGACUUUGAGCUCUCUGUUGAGAGAGCACAGGGAGAAGCCCAUGAGAAUUUCCAAGGUGCUCGACCUGUCGCUGGCGUUGUGUAACGCUUUGGAGUACCUCCACGACGUGGCGGUGCCAGGACGCAUCGUGUGUCACCGAGACCUCAAGCCGGACAACAUCGGUUUCGCGCAGGAUGGCACGUUGAAGCUCAUUGACUUCGGACUGGGAAAGAUCAUCAAGCGCAAGUUCCGCGUGAGGGCGGAGAAGUACCACAUGACCGGCGGCACCGGGAGCCUGAGGUACAUGGCACCCGAGAUCGCCGACCACCAGGAGUACAACGAGAAGGGCGACGUCUACAGCUUCAGCCUCAUUAUGUGGGAGAUGCUCGCGGGGAUCAAGCCUUUCCUGGGGUUGAAACGGCCGGAUUUUUACAACCGUGUGGUCGACGAGGGGGAGAGGCCUCCCCUGAACCCGGAGUGGCCGCAGCCCGUGAGAAAUCUGCUGGAGAGCUGCUGGCGAACCAACCUCGACGAGCGCCUCAGCUUCAGAGAAGUCGCGGGCAUCCUGAAGGUUUGCGCCGAGGAAGAGAACAGGCGGAGCUUUACGGAGGAGAAGAGAAAGAGCUUCCGCCUUCCCAACAGACGGUCUCGCCUCUGGACGACCACCGGAGCGAGGCCCGACCUGGACGAGAUCUCCGUAGAUCCCCAGUACAAGCCCAAGUUCAAGAUUUCCUCGUUCUUGUCGUCACACCAGGGCACCGACGGGGGGAAGUCGAAGAUGGAGAGGCUUCGCAACGUGGCGAGAGGAAACAAGGGAAAACAGGGGUCGGUGAGACGAGCGUCCUCGGACAACACCGUCAAAGACAUGCGCCGAACAACGAAUAAGCCAUGA